UGUUGACUUGAUAUUCUGCUCAGGUUGCUCCCACUUAUGACUUCUCUAUUUCACUUGCAUUGCAUUUUUACUACAUUUUGUACAUUCUUUUCUGUCCUGAUAAGUCUAAUCUGAUAUCAACAGAGGGUUUGUUGUCAAAACAAACUGUGGGGUUACAUGAUUAUCGAAAGAGUUAAACCAAAGAGAGGAGAGAGAGAUGUCGGAGAUUCGUCAGGCGCAGGAAGCCAUCAGUGAAGGGUUCAUUUGUGCCAAUUGUCGACGACAGUUUGGUGGAGUUUCCGAGCUACUCACCCACUACGAACUCUGUCAGAAGAAGGGGGGUGGUGGGGACGAAAACGGGGCGUCCUCCGGAUUCAAGAGCAUUUUUGGAAAGGCCAGACAAAAGUUGAAGUUUGAGUCACAACAAAUCCAGUCACAGUUCCAGCAGCAGCAGCCAUCGUGGUCCUCGUCGCGGGGUCCGCAGCAGGGAAGCGGGUUUCAGGACAAGUCCAGCCCCACACCCACAUAUUUUAAUGACUUUGACACCUCCACGGACGUUCAAGGAGUGGUCCGUUCAUCCUUUGAGGAUUUCAGAAAAAUUCGCUCAGGGCGGAUGGAACGGUAUGCUGCAGAAAGUAACAAGUUAAAGAUAAGACUGUCCAAAUUGGUCUCGGGGCUGGAAAAAUUUCCUGGGCUGAUGACAAAGUCUACUGCUGGAUUUCAGGACUCAUCAGAAUGGAAAGCACAUGAAAAAUCCGUGGUAAAUUGGCUGGAGGAAAAACCCGUGACGAGAUGUCCCGAAUGUACACAAGCGUUUAGUCUGCUCAGGCGGAAGCAUCACUGUAGACUCUGUGGAUCAAUUUUAUGUGAUGAUUGUUCUGGGUUCAUUCCUCUCGCAGAAUCAUUCGAAAUACUGCAUUCCGAAAGAAAAAUACGCGAAUCAUCCGCCUGUGCUUCCAUUACAUUCCGAACGUGCGUCCAUUGUGCCAGAAUUUUAAGACAAGAGAGCCAAUCCCCGUUCAGCAAGUAUAAUAAGAAAGGUGCAGACAGCACAGAGAAAACAUUAUUAGAAGUUUAUGGCACGAUCAGGGAAAAGAUGGCAGAAAUUGAUAACCUCCUCCCACAACUAGUCACUGUUGUAGAAUCCAUUAGGAGUGGAGAAACUUUGUACAGCCGAGAAGAAGGGAAUUCACUUAGGUCCAAAUUGCUUCGUGCUACAGAGCAAAUUGACCUUUUAAGUAAGCAAAUAAGUACACUCAAGUGCGAAUCUAGCUCGAUGCUUAUGUUGCAGCAAAGAAUACGUCAGAAUUGUGUCGCCUAUAUUCGAGACUUUAUAAGAUCAGUUCCGGUUGUACCAGAUGCUGCGGAUGACUCUUCUUCGACAUCUUCAAGCAUUGGUGGAGCUUCCAGCAUUAUUUUAACAGGGGAUGGGUGGUCAAUAUCAGCCCCUGAGCAUCAUGAUGAUGGCUCUCAUGGUGUAGGGGCACAUUCAAUCGAUAUUGAUGACAAUCCGGUACAACAACAAAUAAAAAACGUCAAGUUUUAUAUAGAACAAGCAAAGGCGGCUGGUAAAAUGGACGAAGUGGAAAUGCUCGUGUCAAGUUUACGGGAUUUGCUUUUGUGGCAAAAUGACCAGGAAAAUAAAUUUUAGCAACCUUUUCGUUUCAUAUCUAUCUAAGUGUAUAAUAAUAGUGUAAUUUGUAUGCAAAGUAUGUGACAUUCUUUUAAAUCUUUAUUCAGAAGAAGACAACUCUGUCAAAGUUUUUUGUUACUGUGUUCCUACGUACAUACGUAUAUACAUGUCUAUUUAGAUAGCUUUAUUAUCAAAAUAAAGUUUUUGUGAUAUUAAAAGUA